AUGCCACGGUUCUUGAACACCUCGUCAGGCGAGUUCGAAUGGCACAAUGAUCCUGCAGAGAUCGUCUACGCCAUUCUAUCCCAUACUUGGCGUGACCCCGAGGACGGUGGCGAGCAGACCUUCGACGACGUCUGCGCGCUCCAAGCUGCGGUAGCCGAGGAUAUUCGGAAACAGCAAAUCGCUGUUCUGGCCGAGUUGAAGGCUCUCGCAAACCUCACCCCAUCGCUCAUUCCCCGCUUUUCAGUCGAUAUUCUCGAGCGUUUGGGAUCCACGCCCUCCUGUGUUCUCUCUCAUCCAAAGCUCUCAGACAAGAUCAAGGGCGUCUGCAAGGUCGCACGCGAGGCCCGUUUCCGGCUCGUGUGGAACGACGCGUGCUGCAUCGACAAAUCGAGUAGCGCCGAGCUCUCCGAGGCGAUCAACUCGAUGUACGAGCUGUAUAGGCUAUCGCAAGUCUGCUACGUCUAUCUCGAGGACGUUCCCGACGGCAAUGAUCCCCAGGACCCAGAUUCCCACUUCAGGCGAAGUAGAUGGCACAGACGCGGUUGGACACUGCAGGAACUCAUCGCACCGGAGACGGUCGAGUUUCUAACGAAG